CAUCGAGGACGAAGAGAGGAGCAUUGGAGCAUAUGUAUUUUGCUGAAACGCGGCGGACAAUCGAGGGAACGUGAAUUAUUCGGGAACUCUGCUGCCUCCGAUAGAUAUGAUAGAGAACCUCGCAGCGAAAUUAUGCUUGCUCUUGUCGGAAAACGCCAGCGCAGCCGAGCAAUGGAAACUACUUGGGCAGGAAAAAGACGGCUCAAUACUUAUUGGAUGGAUGGAGGAAUCAGAGAGGAACGGUGUAUGUACGUUGUGUACCGUAGUCGGCCGUUACGACCAGACUAACAAUAAAUUACAGGUACUGCGCCGCUUCCCGGAGGUGCUGAACAUCGUUCAAGCCACGGUCAACCAAAGUCACACUCUAAUGGGAUACGUGACGAAACAGAAGAAUUGCCUAGAGACGUCGAAUCCCCCGGAAGAUCGCUGUUCGGAGCACGAGUCCCACGGCGAAUUCUAUAGAGUGUUUAUUGUGGAAUUAACGACCGACGAUACCAAAGUGCACGACCUGGAGAUAGAGAGGUCCAAGCAAGUACGGAUACAAUUUCUGUACAGAGAAAAGGAACUGGGUGUGGAUAAGUUUCUAGUACUGAUACAUCACGAAUGUAUUCUGAUAUAUACCGCUCAACUUGACACGUCUGUAAGCCACUCGAGACCGAUAAAGGAAUUGAAGUCCGAAACACUUGUAAAAACGUUCAUAUGGGCCCAAUGGGAUAUGAUUAAUCAGGUCCUUUACCAUAUACAUCAUCGACGAAUUCCCACGAGCGUGGUCACCGAGGGUGACGACGAGAAUAAUUCCAGGUCUUCGAAACCGACCCUCAGCGGUCUUCAAUUUCACGACGAUUUGCCUCACGAAACAGUGCUGAAUAUCCCAUUAAACUUACCGCUACUGUCGCCGUCCUCUAAUUGCGGGACUUACGAAGAUGACGUGAUACCCCUGCGAGUCCACGAUUGUUCCCUUGAUCUCAUAGUGGUGUCGGACACCAAGGGGAUGGUCUGCGUUUGUCACUACUAUCUUUACCGGCCUGUACAGCCGCCGCAGCAUGUGCUUAAUUCCCUGAACGAAUCCAACACGGUGCAUUUCGCGUACUCGGUGACGCUGCUGCAUCACAGCUGCGUGAUCCAUUGCGUUAUACCGGGUAUAUCGUGGUCGCGCGCCAAGCUGAUGAGGCCGACUUUCGCGAUCUACGAGGGCCAUCAUAUGAUCGUGUUCGUCCCGGGACUGUUCGCGCAUCUUCUCGAGAUCGGCGUGAACCACGAGCCCUGCUGCCACAUAUUGUGCGGUCCGCCACCGUCGAUUCCAUCCCGUGUCUCCUAUCUGGUGCCGUUACUCGACUUGGACAAUCCUAAUAAAGGAACGAGAAGAAAUUCCCAUCACAAUUUAGACGGCAAGAGCGGUAGUUCGGAAGGAAAUAAUCCGCUCGCAAAUUCCAACACGAGUAUCCUGACGAUAGAUUUGCCUACCUUGGACCUCGUGCAGUUGACGAUUCCUUCAGACUUUCUUAUUGAAAUUUUUCGCAAAGAGACCUCGGCGGAAGUCCGCUUGGGGAUACUUCAUUAUUUUCUCUGCCAUAAAAACGACAUGGAAAUAAUCGCGGAGUUAAUGUCCAUCGUCGCGGAAAAGCCGCGCUCGUUAGAUAUCCCGCGCUUUAUGCAGGAAAUUCUUAUAGGCAACUCUUACGCUUUAGUGCAAAAGAAUCUCCUCGCGGAUAGUGUCCCCUUACUAUCUCUGUUGCCCGUCACGACCAUAGGGGAUUACAUGACGUUCGAUAUAAAGAUGAACGAUUUAGAUAUCACGCUGAGUCACGAGAAACUCUGGAACACAUCAGUAAUGUUGCUUUCGCCCCAGCAAAGGCUCGUUCCUUAUCGUAGUGAUUUAUGGACUAGAUUGUGGGAUCACUUGAGUAAAAAUGGUAGUGACAAGCUGAGAUUCAGACCUAGUCAUAUUGCGGAGAAACUGUUAGUUUCUUUAGCUUGUUACCAACCAGAAGCAUUGUCCAGAUGCAGUACUCCAAUGUCUCCAAGUGGAGGAUUUGUCGCAAUGCCACUUGGAGACUUCAUGGGAAAUCGAAACAUCAAGUUGGACUCAGGCUUACCGUUUAACGAAACGGAAAGUUGCACCGCCUCGAAGCAGGAGCACGUUGUCUCUGUUAAUUUGCGGGAACUUUCAAUGUAUCUUCUAAAGAACGGCACGCACACGUCGAUAUACACGCGAGGUUCUUGUACCCCGUUGCACGUUCAUGCCAUGGCUACGAGAUACGUGGGUGCGCAAUUGGAAGCUUCGCGUAUACUGUGUCAAAUACUUUGCAGAGCAGCCGGUGUUGAUCCGAGAAUUGAGCAGGAACGUGGCUUCAAUCUCAUAGACCAAUUGGACGAAGCAAGACGAUGGUUAUUGUUUAUGCUCUUACAGCGAUAUAGGUACGCCAUAGAAAGCAUCGCUUUCCCAGCACCACCGGGAUUCGCGUCGUUUUUCACUUAUCUCGGCUACCGUACUCUCAAAUACUCAAUGUUUCUGCAAUACGUUGAACGCUCGGUGUUUGAGCUUCAAGUUGACGUCACCAAGAUUAUUUUAGCUGAUAUCAGCGAUACGAAAGAAAAUGUCGUUCAGAAGUUGAAGUUGUUGUCCCUAUUGCCAAGGUCUCGCGCAAAGAGACUCUUGAAUCAAUGGCUGCAUCCAGUUAGUUUAAUGUUGCGAGCCAGGGAGCACGCUGCUAACAUUCUGUGCGGCGAAAUAUCUCAGAGUCGAACCGGCAGUCGGACUUUACAACACCGUAAUCAUCAUAACAGUUUGGCGGCGUUUCCUUCGGCAGAUCGUUUGUCACCGUUAGACACCUUUUUGGAUUUACUUACCGCAAAAGCUAGUCUUACAGAAUUGGAUUUUGGGCUAUUAAUAGAAGCGACAGUAACAUCUACCGAGGACUUUCUUUAAUGGAAAUUAAGUUUAGUGCGUGCAAUAAUCGAAAGAUGUCUUUUAACUACGUAGAUUGAUUCAAUAAUUGCUGAAUCAAUUAGGUGGCAAUUUUACAUAGGAUUUCUAUGUAUCUGAGAUCCUAUCUUAAACUUUUAUAAUUCUUAAAUCUUCUAUAUCUAUUAAAUUAGUUCUUAAUUAAAGGUGGAUAACUGCAAGAGAUUUAGAAUUAUAAAUAAUUUUUAUUUCAAGAAGAAUCUCCAAAGUAGCAAGUGCCAUUGUAGUUACCAUUAAGCAAUUACAACAUUUAGUGUCGAUAAGUGAAAGUAAUAGGAAAUCUAGUUACUUGGCAAGCUUAAUGAAGUACUGCAUAUUGCAGAUAUUUAUGAUCGCGUUUUGAAAGUUUUCGCCUUUUACGCGAAUAAUUUUUUAGUAUGGACUGCCAGUUCGAAAAUGAGAAAUAGCGAUUGUAAGCAUAAAUAGUGAUUAUUAUCACUUAUCAAAAAGCAUCCGUGCUAUCGUUGAUCUGUGCUUCUUAUAUUUUUAUCAGUAAUUACGUUCCUGCGCGAGUGUAACAAGCGUGGGAGAGAGGAACUUAGAUACUCGAGUAAAUUGUAAUAUUAAGUCAAUAUUUUGUUGAUGCACAUCUUUUAUAUGUGGUUUAAUAUUGUCGAUUUAGUAUCUCUAAGACAUGUGAUAUAGCGAAUUAUACAUAUUUGCGACUAGCACCCGCACGAUAUAUGUCUAUUAUUGGUGUAUAUGUGUAUUAUACAUUAAUAUGUUAU